CUUCUACUCCAAAUACCCUAAGACAAAAAAACACAACACAGGGGAGCUUGAUGAUGUGCGUGAGUUCGUGAUUCUUUGUGAAGUAUCACGGCUUAUGUAUAGUCCCAGUAUUCAACCUCCUUCAGACGGGAAUCGAAGUGCCUAAAGUUCCGCCACGUGGCAUCACUGCCACAUUUUUCUGCCACGUUAUGGCUCAUAACGGCUCUGUUCUCUCAUUUUCUGUGUUUCCAAUUUCAUUCUUUUAUUCCUUUCCCCAUAUUCAUCUUGAUAUUCUUUUUAUUAAUUUUGACAUUGGUUCUUGAUUUUGAUCGUCCUGUCAACUUCAUUGAAGCAGUAAACUGAAGCUUUUUAAAGUAGACGGCACUCAAUUUAUAACUUGAUGGAAGUGCCAGUAGGGUUCUUAGCCAAGCUUUGGAGCUUUAUUUCAUUUCUUCCUUUCUUCUUCUUGCUCUUCCUCCUUGGCCUUCUCAAAGGGUUAGUAAUUGGCCCCAUUGUGACAGUCAUCAUAGCUGUUGGGAAUUCAGCAGUUGUAAUUGGACUAUGGCCUGCACAUUUUAUCUGGACCUACUUCUGUGUAGCAAAAAGCAAAAAGCUUGGAUGGGUUUUGAAGAUAUCGCUACUGGUUUCAUUGCCAGUUCCUCUGAUUCUUUGGCCCAUAUUAGCCAUUAUUGGGAGCGUCCUUGGUGGGAUUGGGUAUGGUUUUUUCGCUCCUUUGAUUGCAACUUUUGAGGCUAUUGGAGAGAAUAUCACUUGCAAGAUCUACCACUGCUUUGCGGAUGGCUGUAUUUCUACUAUUAAAGGGAGCUGCACAGUAGUAUGGGACUUUACAGACUUUUGCUUUCACUCUUACUUUUCUUAUAUGGACGAGCUUUCUGAGGAAAUGGAUCCAGAUGAGAAACGAAUAGAAGUGAAGCUGUCAAAGCUGCCAAGUUGCAUUUUGGUUUCUCUGCUUGCAAUUCCAGUGGAUGUGCCCUUUAUUACAGCUCUCGCUCUUUGGAAGAGUCCAUUCAUGCUCCUCAGGGGAUGGAAGAGGCUACUAGAAGACUUAAUUGGAAGGGAAGGCCCAUUUCUGGAGACGGUUUGUGUUCCUUUUGCUGGCCUUGCAAUCUUUUUGUGGCCUUUAGCUGUAGCUGGAUUUGUGGUAGCAUCCUUCUUUUCAAGUUUUGCUCUCGCACUUUACAGCGGGGUUGUGGUGCAUCAGGAAGAGUCGUUUCAGCUGGGACUUGCGUACAUCCUAGCUGCAGUUUCCAUAUAUGACGAAUACACAAAUGACCUACUUGACAUGAGAGAAGGGUCAUGCUACACGAGGCCUAAAUAUAGAAGAAAUAUGAGCUCCUCUGGAGGCCUUGACAGUAAGAGCUCAAUUGAGCUGAGAAAUGAAAAAGAAAAAGAAGGAUCACACAGCUUGAAGCUUGUUUCGCAUGGAUCAAGAACCCUGAAGCAGGCAAUCCAACAAUAUACGCCCAUGCAGGUAUGGGGUUGGCUCUUCAAGUCCUGCGAGGUCAAUGGCAGAAUACUCCUACGUGAAGACUUGAUAGAUGUCAAAGAUAUUGAGGAAUGUAUUGUCAAGGGGGACUGUAAGAAGCUAGGGAUCAAAUUGCCUGCUUGGACCAUUUUACAGUGUCUGCUUGCAUCUGCAAAAUCUAAUUCUUCGGGCCUGCUAAUUUCUGACGAAGUGGAACUGACAAAGUCCAACUGGCCAAAGGAUAAAGUAUUUGAGUGGUUCCUUGCGCCGCUCUUAGUCAUGAAGGAGCAAAUAAAAAAACUACAAUUGGAAGAAGAUGAAGAAAUUAUCCUGAGGAAGUUGGUAAUGUGUUACAAAAAUGAAAGACCAGAGGAAUGGGAUAACACGGGAUUUCCAUCCACUGAUACUGUGAGGAGAGCACAAUUGCAAGCUGUAAUUAGGAGGCUGCAGGGAAUUGUUGGUUCAUUAUCUCGGGCACCAACAUUCAGAAGACGCUUUAAGAAUUUGGUGAAGGUGUUGUAUUUGGAAGCAAUCCAGAUUGGUCUUGUUGCUGAUACUGAUGGUGGAAGCUCAAAAUCUGGAAAUAGAAAUAGGCAUCGCGUAGAGGGGGAUAGGAAAAAUACAGAUGAGGGAGAGCAAGACCAGCAAAGCAGCCGAGAUGAUGAUAGUAUUGUUUGACCAUUCUGUAGGAACCAUAGUAAAAGCAGCUUGGCAAUUAUGUUUUAGUUUCUGCAUUGCGACAGAACAUUUUGCGCUAUUCCUUUCCAGACUUCCUGUUGUGCAGAGGAGAAUAUGACUGUGACAAGGAUAUCCUCUUAAGAUCAUAAUUGAUUUGCAAGUUCUAAGCAAAAGAGAAGUUGAUUUCACGGAUAAUAGCAACUAGCGAUUUUUUUAACAUGCAUCUGUGAGUUAGCUCGAAAUGGUGGUUGCAUUUCGCGGUGUCAUCUGCUUUACUUUUCAUAGCUUCUGUUGGGUUCAACUUAUAUACCCAAAUCUGUUGCUCUUUUCAAAUUUCAUCCAUUGUGACUUAGCAUAUCUAUUACACAACACUAGUCACUUUCUGUUUUCAUUAUACAAAAGUUAUUUUACUUUUCUUCGAUCA